UGGGAAACGCUUUGUCAUGUUUCACUUUUACACACUUACCCUGUGUGUGUGUGAGAGAAAGACAACGAGAAGUGACAGUCAUUAGUCAGCAGCACACACACAGUUCGUCACAUUUUGUCCGCGUGGGAUACUUUGCACUUUAACCGGAUGCAGUUGUUUUGAAAUUACCAUCUCGCUGCCCUCAGUCUGUCGCUAACACUCUGCUCUCGUCUUGUGUCGCCGCUUUUGCUACCACCUUUGUUUUCGUGAUAAUGGCUGUUAAUAAAACAUACGUUAGUAUCGGCUAUGCCUCGUUUGGUACACUCAUGGGGUUUUCUGCUUUCCUGGUGUGGAACAUCGCGUUCAGACAGCCGUGGACUGGAGCCAUGGGAGGAUUGUCAGGUGUGCUGGCACUUUGGGCCCUGAUGACUCACAUCAUGUACCUGCAGGACUACUGGAGGACCUGGCUUAAGGGCCUAAAGUUCUUCUUCUUCAUGGGUGUUUUCUUCUCCCUGUUGGCAGUCGUGGCCUUCAUCACCUUCCUGUCUGUUGCGAUCAAGAACAAGGAGUCCCUGACUGACCCUCGGAGUCUCUACCUUUCAUGUGUGUGGAGCUUCAUGAGCUUCAAGUGGUCCUUCCUGCUCACCCUAUGCGCUCAUCGCUACCGCAAAGAGUUUGCCGAUAUCAGCAUCCUCAGUGACUUCUAACGGCACUUAAACAUCCAGUAACUACACAGACUUUGGAGUACACUCACUGUGCUGGAUUCCCAGCCUGAGAGCGUCACAGCCCAAAAAGGAUGCAGGACAUUAUAAGAGGAAUCAGAGGAGAAGUUGAAAUACUUUCUUGUGUUGUGAACGAGCACCCUGAUCCUAGUUACUCCUCUCUCCUCUCUUUUUCAUCAUGUGAACAGGGUUUGUUGUUGACUUGGCCACUUUACAGACAAAUCAGCCCUAUUUUCUAUGAUCCUCAAUAGAUUUACACUUUCACUUCCUUAGCAUCCUGCUUAGUCAUACUUCUGUACACUUUCCUCAUGACAAAAUAAAUCAUUUUUAACCAUGACUCAGUGAACACCCUCCUCAGUGGUAAUUAUCAAUUGCAGUUUCAUACUGUAGCCACCAGAGGGCAACACCCUUCCAACAAUUCAUCGCCAUGUGCCGUGCGCUUUACAGCCCAACUUACAUCUUACCUAUUGUAUUUAUUUCUGUUUUUUUUCUGAUUCAGUGAAUUACAUUACAUUACGGACAUUUUUUUCCUCCAUCCCAUGUUGCGAAUACAGUGGAGACAACUAAUGAAAUCUGCAUAUCACAAGGCGUCAAUCCUGUGCUCAAUACAACACUUCAAAGUUGAUGUACAUCCAAGCGCCGCUUAAACAGAGCAUGCAUGUCAGGGUCUUGCAGAGGGCAGGUCACCCAAAAUCCUGCAGCAUCAACAUGAAGGCAAUCCCAAAUAAGCACCACAUGUCCUGGUUCAAUAUAUUCUGAACUAUGAAGGGGCAUUUUUAUUGUAUAGAAUGAUUUUUGUAUUAUUUUUCUUAGUGUGACAAAAAUGUAAAUAACUGUAAUAUCAAUAUUAUAGGCUUCAAUUAUGGCUUGAAUUCAUGACAGUAGUGAAACCACUAAAGCGCAUGCGUGUUGCUUUAUGUUAUAUUGUCCUCAUCUGAACAUUUGUCAUUUAUAUUGUUGAUUAAUGAGAUUAUUUUCCUUUAAAUGUUUGUCCCUGAACAUUACCAUGUUAGUUGUGUAUCCACACGCAUCACUUAAGUGAAUGUAGUGAGAGUGUGUUUGUUUAAGAAUCUGCCUGAGAGUCGUGUUAAUAAAAUGUGUUUUUUUUA